AAAAACGCAGUACGAUGGCUAGUGAGGUGCAAAACUUUUACAAAAACAAGUACAUCUUUCUAACCGGUGGCACAGGCUUCCUCGGUGUUGCCAUCAUCGACAAGAUUCUACGUUCUUCACCGGAGGUUGGUGGCAUCUAUCUGUUGAUGCGCCCGAAAAAGGGUAAAGCGAUCCAGGAGAGAUUGAAGGAUCUUACGAAAAACUCGGUUUUUGAGCAGUUGCUGGAAACCCACUCGGCCGACAUCUUCAACAAGCUCAUCCCAGUGUCGGGCGAUGUGGGUGAAAACUUUCUCGGACUAUCGCAGGAAGAUCAGGCCAUGAUCGUGGAAAAUACCAACGUCGUUAUCCAUUCGGCGGCAACACUGGAUUUUCAGGCAACGCUACGACCAACGGUCAAUAUCAAUCUGCUUGGCACCAAGCGCGUGCUGGAGCUUUGUACGAGAAUGAGAAAUCUGAAGAGCAUGGUGCACAUAUCCAGUGCGUACGUUAACUCGUACCUGACGGAAGCCGAAGAGAAGCUUUAUCCCUGCACGGAAACUGCCCAGAAGGUGGUCGAUCUGGUGGACACGCUGAACGAUUCGGCACUGGAUGAACUGUUGCCCAAGCUGCUGAAGGACCACCCGAAUGCUUACACGUUCACCAAGCAGUUGGCCGAGCACGAGGUUAACAAACAUGCCGCACAGUUCCCGUGUGCGAUUAUUCGUCCGAGCAUGAUUACCGGUGCCUGGAAGGAACCAACACCGGGCUGGACUAUCUCGAAGAACGGACCACAAGGUUUCCUGAUGGGAGCUUCCAAGGGUGUGAUCCGUCGUCUACCAGUCGGUGUGGAUCUCGUGUACGACUACAUCCCAGUCGAUGCGGUAGUAAACCAAACGCUCGUGUUGGGCUGGUACAUGGGCACUAAUAGCUUCCGUGAGGUUAAAGUGUUCCACUGCACUACCAGCACGUCGAAUCCCUUCAAGUGGCGCUCGGUCGUUGAUCAGAUGAACGAUUACUUGCACAAGUAUCCACUGAAAUCGGCCAUCUGGUACCCACGGUUGAAGUUCGUCUCGAGCCUAUGGGUGUACAAGCUGGCCUCCAUCUUUGUGCACAUUCUCCCGGCGCUGGUGCUGGACUUUAUCCUACGGAUUUCUGGUGGUCGUCCAAUGUUGAUGCGCCUCCACACGAAUGUUUGGGAAUCGCUAAACCGGUUGGAAAAGUUCAUCUUCACCGAGUGGAAGUACCACAAUCCGGCCACCCAACAGCUUGCCCAAUCAUUGACGGAAAAGGACAAAACGCUAUUCAACUUUAACGUGUCGCAACUCCAGUGGCCGGAAUAUUUCGUGCACCUUACACAGGGCGUUCGGCGGUACCUCAACAACGAGCAUCCAAAGUCUCUCGAUGCAGCUCGCAGGAAGGAUAAAAUACUCUUCAUCGUGGACAUCGUGUUCCAGGUGCUUAUCUUCUCUCUGGUCGGAUGGUUGUUUACCUCGGUGCUUGGAGCAUCCAGCAGCUCCUUCUGGUUGUAUGGAGUCGGGUGUUAUCUGCUCUUCAAUCUGCUUUAGAUUGAAGGUGUAUA